AUGCAUGCAAAUCACUCAGUCGAAGAAUUUAUUGUUGUGGGUUUCACAAUUCUUACUCAUUAUCAUCAAAUAUUAUUCAUCUUGUUGCUAAUACUUUACCUCAUCAUUGUUACAAGUAAUUCAAUCACAUGUUAUGCCAUCUUUCAUGAGCCACGUCUCCACACACCGAUGUAUUUCCUUAUCGGCGUGUUGUCUAUAAUUGAGAUAAGCAUUGUUACAGCAGGGUAUCCUACAUUGUUUGCCGUUGUUUUAGUGGGGAAAGCACAUAUCUCUUUUACUAUUUGUCUAAUGCAAAUGUACAUAAUUCAUUCAAUAAUAAUUACAGAGAACUGCUUGCUGAACAUUAUGGCUUAUGACCGCUACCUAGCCAUCAACAACCCACUGAGAUACCAUUCCAUCAUGACUUCCAGGUUCUGCAAGAUUUUAAUACAUGGAUGUUGGUUGUUUGGGUUCCUCGCUCCAUUAGCCCUUCUAAUUCUGGUAUCCAGGGCAGCUUUCUGUGGACCAAAUGAAAUCCAGCACAUCGUCUGUGACUCGUCCCCACUCCUGACCCUAUCAUGUGAAGAUAACAGCCUUAAUGUCAUGGCUGAUUUAGUCACGAGUUCCUUCACACUUAUCUUUACAUUCCUUUCCACCGUCAUGACCUAUACCCGCAUAUUAUUUACAAUAUUCAAGAUGAGAACAAGUCAGGAACGCAAAAAGGCAUAUUCUAUAUGUGCCACUCAUCUUAUUAUGGCCAUUAUUUUCUAUGGAAGUGUGACUUUUAUGUACAUAAAACUACAAAUUAAUUACUCAACUGAAUAUGAUUUAGCAACUGCAAUCCACCAUUUUGUAUUGGCACCGUUCUUUACGCCUCUUAUUUACAGCCUAUGCAGCAAGGAAGUAAAGAAUUUCUUAAUCAAAUGUUUUUGUUCAAAUAAACUUAGUAGUGCAGAUAUGCAAAUUAGCAGAAAAACUAGCAGUCAUCAGUAA